AUGAAGUGCCUAGCCCUCUUUCUUCUUGUCAUUCAGGCGGGAAGAGUUCCAUCGUGCGUAUUUGACAAGGUGGAGCAGCUACGUGGAACCAUUGCAGCCAGAACAUAUUUCGAGGACAAGAAUGAAUGCUUUGCUACGUGCCAUAGAGACAAGACUUUCAUUGCACUUGCAUACAAGGAAAAAGAAGAAGGAGCGGAUUGCACCCUGUAUGAAGCUGGAGACUCUACAGUCAACUGUCCUAGUGGCUUCGUGUGCUACAUCCUUCAGCGUGAUGAAGUGGAUCACACUUGCCAAAGAUACUUGAACUUUUGAGUAGUAAAACCAUCAUCCAUGUCAUUCCUAAGCUUGCACUGCUGCGUGUAAGAUGUGUUGUUUGAA